UCGUUUGUUGGAUUUCGUUUCGUUUGUUUAAUUACAUAUAUACGUAUGAUUGUUAUCGCGCCAUCACAUCUUUGGUAGAAUUAGGGUUCCUCUUUUCUAUUUGCCUACAUAUAUGCUCCGCCUGAGACAUAAGAGGUUUGAUUGCUUGCUUUCUUACUUGCAGCCAAAGUUGAAGAUGAUGCGCAACCUAUCCUCUUGGUCAAAGUUGAAGACUUUGCGCAACCUAUCCACACUUGGGAAACGCGGUCAAGUGACGCCAUGGCAGAGACAAAAAAGUUAUUUCGCUGAUAAGCCUCUAUUAAAACAUGGCCUAUGUACAACUGGUGUUUUCGCUACUUUGUAUUGGGUUUUCCUUCCCUCCGUGGGGAAACUGUAUGAUUGGGAGGCGUCAACUCUGACAAAGUCGUUGAAAGAUGCUGAAGCAGAGCUAGAGCAGCUACAAAAAGGAAAGGAAAAAGGUCUGAGGGAAGGGGAAGAACAGGUACAUUAGACAUCGUGGAAGAUCUAUGUAACACAGGUUUUGAGAAUGGGAGGGACUUACUGAAAACACUUGAGGAAAGUAAGCACGAAGUACUUCAAGCCCCUCGAUACAAAAAUCACCCGUUCCACUUAAACAGUUCCUGUUUUGAGGAUAGACAUUUUGGGGAGCCGUGCUAUUUGUUCUUUUCUUGUUUGAUCACUUGCUAUUGCAUUUAUCUGCAAAUACAUGGAUUAAUCGAUGUGGAGUUUAUGUU